AUGUUAGAUCUUUUCAAGUCUACCAGCGUGCAGCAAAGCAGCGUUAUAAACGAAAUGAGCAACAAAUUAAAAACAUACACCACUUCGCAGAAAAGUCCUCAGAGUUGUGCAAGAGAUGUUAUCUCCAAGCAACAUCAAAUCGAUAGCGAUGCGAUCAAAUUGAAAGAGUUAAACUAUCAAUUGGAGGAACAUAAUAAAAUCAUUGAGCAAAAGGACCAACAAAUAUCCAAUUUACAAAAUACACUACAACGUCAAAUCGAUAGCGAUGCAAUCAAAUUGCAGGAAUAUAAUAUGCAGUUGGAGGAACAUAAAAAAACCAUCAGCCAUCAGAACCAACAAUUAUACAAAUUACAAAACAAUGUCAUAAAAAGUGAUGUGAAAUGGGAGAAUUUAAGUGAGAUAACCAAAAUAGAUUGCUCUGCCUUUGGAGAUGUGGCGGGUGUUCAUAAAAUCAGUUUUUCUAAUUAUACCUUUGAUGUCUUAUGCGACUCGGAGACAGCAGGUCCUGGAUGGACAGUUAUCCAGCAGCGCAUAAGAGGCAAUGAGAAUUUCCACAGGAAUUGGACAACAUACCGUGAAGGCUUUGGCUCUUUUGAUGGCGACUUCUUCUUGGGCUUGGAUAAAGUCCAUCGCUUGACGAGCUCCAAACCCUAUGAACUCUAUAUACAUCUGGAACAUUUUAAUGGCCAAACAGAAUAUGCGAGAUAUCAACAAUUUGAAAUUGCUGCCGAACGUGAUGAAUACCAACUGAGCAUAAAUGGAUUCAGUGGCGAUUCCAGAGAUACGAUGUCAUAUUUUAACAAUCAUCAGAAAUUUACGACAUAUGAUCGUGAUAAUGAUAACUGGAUUAAUGGCAAUUGUGCAUUGCAGUACUAUGGUGGAUGGUGGUAUAACAAUGCAUGUAUUUGGCAUAAUUUAAAUGCAAAGUACUAUAAAAGUUACCAUAACUGGAGGGACGAUGGUCUAUAUUGGAAUGGCGCAGUCAAAAGUGCCAAAAUGCUUAUACGCCCAGCAAUAAUAUAAAAGUGAUACAAAU